AUGAACAAGAACAGAAUGAAGGAAAUGAAACAAGCAGAAACUUUGAUACGAGCCUCUAGUGUCAGGUUGUGUCCUUCCGUUAUCCAACCGGUGAAGUGCAAAUUUGGAGAGAAAUGCACAUUAGAGCACGAUAUAAGCGCAUUUCUUGCCAAGAAGCCGGCAGACAUUGGCGAUGUUUGUCCCCUAUUUGAAGCCAGAGGAACUUGCCCGUUCAGCUACGCUUGUCGAUUUGGAGGCGCACACACUGAUGCAGAAGGAAAUCAGAUCACUAAGGAACCGAACAAACCAUAUGAAGAAACUAUCAAUAGCUCGUCGAUACAAAUACAGAUCGCACUUAGGAAAAGAACAUACGAUUUUGAUCGGUCAGAGAAGGUGCUCACUGCCCUGAAAGAGGGAACUAUCGGAGCUAUGGAGCGCGAGAAGCCAAAGUUGGAUAUGAGAAGUUUGAAGGGAAAGAAAUAUUUGGCACCUCUCACUACGGUGGGUAACCUCCCAUUUCGCAGGAUUUGCGUAGACCUUGGAGCAGAGGUUACCUGUGGUGAAAUGGCUUUGGCUACCAGUCUCUUGUCAGGAACACCAUCCGAAUAUUCAUUAGUGAAAAGGCAUCCGUCCGAGAAGAUUUUUGGUGUGCAGUUAGCUGGCGGUUUCCCUGAUACGAUGGCCAAGUCAGCUCAGAUAUUGGUCGAUGAAAUGGAGAUCGACUUUAUAGACAUCAACAUGGGUUGUCCAAUUGAUGUUGUAAAUCAGAAAGGUGGCGGAUGCGCUCUACCUAACAGACCUAAUAAAUUGGUAGAAGUAAUUUCGGCAAUGCGUGGCGUAAUGCGCAAUGUCCCAUUGACCGUGAAGCUUCGUACUGGACUCAAAGAGGGCGUACUAACGGCCGACGAGUCUAUCAAAGUUAUGGUUGCAUCUGCCAAACCAGAUCUGAUCUCCUUUCAUCCGCGUAGCAAAGAACAACGGUAUACAAAAUUAGCCAAUUGGGAUUUUGUACCUCCAUGUCUUGAAGCAUGCGGUGACGUUCCUUUGUGGGUGUGUGGCGAUAUACUUAGUUGGGAAGAUUACUAUCAGCGGCUGGAACAAUAUCCUAUAAGUGGUGUUAUGGUUGCACGUGGGGCACUUAUCAAGCCAUGGAUUUUCACCGAAAUCGAAGAACGUAGGACGUGGGAUAUUUCGGCAAAUGAAAGGCUGGAUUUGCUCAAAAAGUUUGUCAAUUAUGGACUCGAUCACUGGGGUAGUGAUGAUGCAGGUGUGGAGAGAACGAGACGCUUUCUGUUGGAGUGGCUCUCAUUCCAGUGCAGAUACAUUCCUGUGGGGCUUCUUGAACGACUGCCACAGCGUAUCAACGAUCGUCCACCUCUAUAUCGUGGGCGUAGCGAAUUAGAAACGUUGUUGGGUAGCGGUCGUGCGUCAGAUUGGAUCGAAAUUAGUCGUAUGAUAUUAGGACCAACUCCGGAAGGCUUCACAUUCAUUCCAAAGCACAAGGCGAGCUCUUACUAG